GGCGGGGCGCAUGCGCGGGAGGGGGCGCCAGCACCAUGACCGACUACAGCGAGGAGCAGCGCAACGAGCUGGAGGCCUUGCAGUCCAUUUACCCAGACUCCUUCACAGUGCUGUCUGAAAACCCAACCAGCUUUACCAUCACUGUGACCUCUGAGGCAGGAGAGAACGAUGAAACUGUGCAGACAGCCCUUAAGUUUACCUAUGGAGAAAAGUAUCCAGAUGAGCCUCCUCAUUAUGAGAUAUUCUCCCAGGAGAACCUUGAAGAUAAUGACAUCUCAGACAUCUUGAAAUUACUGGAACUCCAGGCUGAAGAAAAUCUGGGCAUGGUGAUGAUCUUCACAUUGGUGUCCGCAGUCCAGGAGAAGUUGAAUGAGAUAGUUGAUCAGAUAAAAAACAGACGAGAAGAAGAAUUGAAACAGAAAGAAAAAGAGGCAGAAGAAGCAGAAAAGCAAUGUUUCCAUGGCACCCCCGUCACGAUUGAGAACUUCCUCAGCUGGAAGGCGAAGUUUGAUGCAGAGCUUUUGGAGAUAAAGAGGAAAAGGAUGAAGGAGGAAGAGCAAGCUGGAAAAAAUAAACUGAGCGGAAAGCAGUUGUUCGAAACAGAUCAUAACCUAGAUACUUCUGACAUCCAGUUCCUAGAGGAAGCCGGCAACAGUGUGGAGGUGGACGAGUCCCUGUUCCAGGAAAUGGAUGACCUAGAGCUGGAGGACGAGGAUGAUGACCCGGACUAUAACCCCGUUGAUUUGGGGAGUGACUAGACCCUCCGGCUCGAGAGGCCGGGGUCCCUCUCCACCCCUGAGAGGUUGGGAGCGCCACAGCAUCUGUGGCUUGGUCUGGAAAUGGUUCCAUUCUCUGUUCUCUGUCUUUUUUUCUAAGAAAAAAAGAAUAAUUAAUUUCAGGAGUAGGUUCUUCUGGCUCAUCGUCGUGCUCAAUAAAAUGACUUUGGGGUCUCAACU